GGGCCCUGGCCCCGCUCCGCCAGGCGGAAGCGCCUCUGCCAUUGGCCCGACGGCCGCUUUUACCUGCGCUGGGCCCGCGGCCCGAGCGCAAAGUCCGCGGCUCCGGGUCCAGGAGGCGCGGUCGGCAGCGCAGAUGGGCCCCCGCCCUCGGCCAGGCAAGAUGCCGCUGGGGCUGCGGAGAAAGAAGGAAGCCAAGUCCCAGGAGGCCGCCCGGCUGGUGGGGGCCGAGCGGGCGGGCGCGCGUGGCAGCAGCCCCCCGGGCCCCGCGGUUGCCACUCGCGUGCUGGUUUUCCACACGCAGCUGGCGCACGGCAGCGCCACAGGCAGAGUGGAGGAUUUCUCCAGCAUCCAGGAGCUCUACGACAAGAUCGCGGGCGUGUUUGAGAUCUCGCCGUCCGAGAAUGGACUGUUUCAUUCCUCUGUCUUUUCUCAUGCUGGGUUCACUUCUGAUAGUUGCUACUCACCUCUCCAGUCUCAACUUUUACCUCCUCCAAGAAGCGUUCCUCCUGAAUCCGCCAGUCUAAAUGAGAUCUUAUAUUGCACUUUAAACACACCUAAAAUUGACAUGGAACGACUUUUAGGAGCACAAAUAGGUCUUGAAGAUUUCAUAUUUGCCCAUGUGAAAGGAAUAAAAAAAGAAGUGGAGGUGUAUAAAUCUGAGGAUUCACUUGGUCUCACCAUUACAGAUAAUGGUGCCGGCUAUGCUUUUAUAAAGAGAAUUAAAGAUGGUAGCACAAUUGACUCAGUUAAAACAGUCUGUGUGGGGGAUCACAUUGAAUCCAUAAAUGGAGAGAAUAUUGUCGGGUGGCGUCACUAUGAUGUUGCUAAGAAGUUAAAAGACUUAAAAAAAGAAGAAUGCUUUACCUUGAAGUUAAUAGAACCUAAGAAGGCAUUUGAAAUAGAGCCGAGGUCAAAUGCUGGGAAGUCGUCAGCAGGGAAAAUGGGUGCUGGAAGGGGGACACUUCGCCUGAGAUCAAAAGGUCCUGCUACCGUGGAGGAAGGGCUCUCUGAAACCAAAGCAAAGGCAAUUGAAAAGAUUGAUGAUCUUCUUGAAUUAUACAUGGGAAUUCGAGAUAUUGAAUUAGGAGUUUUUUUCUCUCAGUGGAGGGAAGUUUUCUUGAUUUCACUCCUUGCAAAACAGCAUCUUUCAGUGGCCAUGAAGAGCAUACUGUGUUUUCUUUGUGGCAGGGAAUGCAGAUGGAUGAUUGAAUGUUGGGCUCAAUGAGGCCUUGAACAUAGCUGGGUCCUGAUCAAAUGUACACAUUCUAAUGAUUACAAAUAGGUAAAUUUUUGGUCUCUGUGAUAUUUCAAAAAAAUAUAAUUAUGUAAUUACAUGAUGUGAAACUUCUUAAGAACCAAUAAUAAAAGCAGUAAUCAUUUAAUCUCUGGGAUAACAAUAUCCAGUAUUAAAAUGUGUCAUGAACUAGAGAUAAUGUAAUUUUCCAAAUGCUGUUGAAUUUGCAAUAUAUCCCCCUGAAACUUUAAAAAAUAGACAUCUCCCAAGUAAAGUGCCUUUUAUUUAGGUCCAUGUUAUUGUUAGACCUUCAUCAAGCCUAGAGAGAGCCUUCCUGGUAUCCUUUAGUUAUCUUUGCCUGUGUAGCAUAGUAGCAAAAUGAAUUUCAUCUGCAAAUGGAGUUUUCACAAUAAUGGUUCUUCUAAAUAGAGCAUAGUUAUCCAUUAAAGAUGUAAAAGAUUGAUCAUAUAAUGACUCUUUCCCUCUCUGAUACAUACAAAAAUACAUGGAUACCAAUAGUAUUGCUAUUAUUCUAGUGGAAGUAAUAGGCUAGGAUAGUUAAGUGUUUACCCAAGUUAUGAGGGAAAAAGAGAGAGGAGAUGCUAUUCAGCUUACAGUUCCAAGUAUUAGUGCUCUGUGUAAAAUGCACAUUUAUUAUCUUCUUGACACAGACUGAAAGAGAUAUCUGUAAUUACAAGUCUCUACACAUAUCAUGGUUAUAAAAGGUUUCUAAGAUUGUGAAUUAUACAAAUGGCACAGCCUGUCCCUGCCUAUUACUUGAAAACCUAGUUCUAAGAAAUGACUCACAGUUGUUACCUGCUAGGAGGGUGAAAGUUGAAUAUGACAUCUUUAUUUCAGUUAGAGACAUUAAGUCCCUGUAAGACUUGAUUUUAGCCAUAGAUAUUUUUCAGGUAGUGACAAAAAAAAGUUUCUGAAAGGUAUUAAGUAAGCAUUUUAUAUUUUGAACUGGUUGCGCCAUGCAGUAGUGUUGACUAUAUACAGGUAAAAUAUUGUACUUUUUUGAAAAAAUAAAAAAGGUUUUUUCCUUAAAAAAUAGCAUGUACUUUAAAAUGUUUUUUUUUUGAGAUUGAAUUUUGGAAAUCUACUAAAAUGUGAAAUUGUAAAUUAUAUUUUGGUAUUUAAAAAUGUAUUGUAUUUUUGGGAGAUGUACACAUUUUCAUGUAUUGAGCAUAAUGAAUUAUUUGUAAAAAUAUAAUUUUGUAAUAUUUUAUUUACAGUAUGACUCCUUAAAAUAAAAAAUUCAUGAAAAAAGUGGUGAAUGUUUUAUGAAAAAAUUAAAGAUUUGGGGCUUUAAUAUUAAACAUUUUAGUUUGUUUAA